UUGGUUUUGCUGAAAGAGAUGAUAUCAGAGUACGGGAUCCACUAGAACCUUACGUUCUAAGAAGCUCUCCUUAUGAGAGAACUCGCUCUCCUGCUGAGUGAGGGUCUGCGUUAGGACUUAGGACCUUCUUGUUUAUUUGAAUGUGGUCAAAUGAAUGUAAUAAGAUGAUUUGGAUCUUGGAAUAAGGUGAGCGAGUGAGUGGAUUUUUUUUUGGUGUAGUAAACGGGGCCUAGGCCCAAGAAAAGGAUUAGACAGUAAUAUUUGAGUGAGUGGAAUAAUAUGGUUUGCGAGAGUAAAGUGAACAUUAAAAGCCCAACUUAAUUGUAUGGGCCAAGCCCAAGAAAAGUCAACAUUCCUUAACACUACAGCUUCGGAUCCCGGAGUGGCAGUGUUCUCCUCCAUGGAUCGCCGGAAAAAGAGAGAGAAAACGACGGUAACUAAACCUUCAACGGUAGAUGCCCCCUUGACACCGAAAAUCUCACCUUCAGAGGCAUUCAUCGUCACACUUUCUUCCGUUUUGGGGUUAGGUUUAGCGUUCUAUGUAGCUAAUAGUGGCUUCUCUAUAGACCUCGUCACUGAUCCUUCUCGCACCAUCUUCUUCAUCUGGCUUGUGGAGCUUCCAAUUGUGAUCCUUCUCUACAGUCGCUAUCGACAGAAUCCCCGGCAGUGCAUGUGUUUGGUUUUCGUGUGUCAUGUGCAGUACCUGCGAGCCGUUGGACGUGGCUUGCUAGCAGUUCCAAUAGGGGCGCUACUAAAUUGUUUAGGAGCUAUUGCUUUGGGGGCACCUGUCACAUUUCAGUUUCUCCCAAAGACUGUAAAUUGGUCUCUUAUGAUGUCAUUGUUCACAACGGUUCCAGCAUCAUGUGUUCUUGGUUCAUCAUGGGCUCAUUGGAAGCGGAUCUUUGCACAAACACAGCCAAAUGGAUCUGUAGAGUAUUUGAUUUGUUUGCCAGCUCAUGGAGCAGUUAUUGGGGGCUGGUUUGGGGCUUGGCCAAUGCCACUUGACUGGGAGAGGCCAUGGCAGGAAUGGCCUAUUUGUGUGAGCUAUGGAGCAAUAGGUGGGUACAUGGUGGGAUUGGUAGCAUCAUGUGUCUUUGUUCUUGCUCAUGCUAGAUCGCAGCAUGUCAAACAAACGUGAAGUCCCGAUUGGCCACAGGAAAAUUUGAUUCAUCUUCUGAAUGAAAAAUGGAAAAAUUAACUAGUAUUGGUUCAAAUGCAAGUUAAGCGCAAGGAAAAAAUGUUUGUCCCCUAACAUUUCUAGUUUUUUUUUUUGGUUGAAUUUAAUGUAUUUUUCUAAUUGAAAUCAUGUACACAUGUGGACAAUUUCUUGUGCAAGUUUGUUCUUGGAUAUUUGGUUAAGUCUUAAUUCAGAAUUUUUGUGACAGUUCUAAUAUUA